AUGUCAUUAGAAUAAUUUAUCUUAUCAAGAAUAUCUCAAUUUUAGGAAAAAUAUGAUGAUAUUUUUACAAAAAGUCUUAAUGUUUAUGGUAUUGAUAAAAAUGAUACUUUAAGCAUUAAUUAUACUGAAUGCUUUUUGGGAGAAAAAUACUACCUGAUAACUUUUAAUGAAUAAAAUUAAGAAAAAUUUGAAUAAAUAAAACUUCAGUUAAUAGAAUGUUUAAAUAAUAACUAAUCUAUUACUGUGAGUUUUUUAAAAAAAUAAUUAUUUUUAUUGUCUAACUUAAAAUUAUGUUAAAAUAUUUAGUAAUAGAUUUCUAGACUUAAAAUUCAUUGUAUGUAUUUUUUAGGGUAGUUUAAUUAAAUUAAUAGCUUUUCAGAAGUUGAUUUUAAUAUCAAAGAUAUCAAUAUUAAUAAAUUAUUGAAAUAAAUGAAUAAUUUAUUUUGUAUUGCUUAUAAUACAGAAAAUUUUGAAUUGGUUCCCCAAUAAUUUUAAGAUAUUUAUAUUAGAAGUAAUGAAGAAUUAAUUCAAACAUUUAUUUUAAUAAUAUAUUAGAUAAUAAUUAGAUUAAAAGCAAUAGAUUUGAAAAAUAAAAUAUUUUUUGGUUUAGACAACAAUAACAAAAGAUUAAUCUAUUUAUAAAUUUAAACUGAAUGUUAUCCAUAGCUUAAAUUUGAGAUGGAAUAGAAUCCAUUAUUUUAAAAAAUAUAAAGAAGAGUUUGUCCAAAUCUCGAAAUUCAUUUAAUAAAUUAAAGUAAAAUAGAGGAUAAAUAUUAUAGCUCUAAAACUAUUGGUGUAUAAAAAUUUAGAAAGUUUAGAAAAAAUUCGCAAAAUCUAAGAAGAAAUUAUAUGA